GGGUGUGCUAAAUAAUAAAUAAUCACCAUUCAUUUCUCUAUUUAUUAUCUUUCUUCCCCCGUGCUCUCUCUCUCUCUCCCUCUCCCUCUCCCCAUCUUCAUCCUUUCAACAUUCUCCCAUUUACAUUCUUUCCAGGUUCAAACAGUAAAAACUGAACAGAUAACAACGUGGCGUUAAUAUCUCGUUACAAAGAGCAUGCGGUGGUAUUGCUUAUCUGUAGACGUUUAUCGUAAAAUCAUCUCCCUGAAUCUCUAUUGUCGGGUGAUUCUGUAAAACCUCUUGAAUCCAUCGGUUUACUUUACGUUAUAACUCUUUUCAUAGCAACCAUUUACAAAGUUUCAUCCAUGGGAACUAAUUUAUUCAUUGUUAUUCCCUGCUACUGUCGCUGGAUUAGCUGAACGCCAAAACGCGUUGUUGUUUAGUCUCUUUCGAUUAAAAAUCGAAUCUUUUUUAGUUCUUUGUCACCGAGUUUGAAAAUCUUGUUUGGGUUGUCUUCUUGGAUUGUUUGUCAAGAUCUUUAGGGGAUUAAAACUGAUUAUUAUAAGGGUAGGGAAAAAGUAGUUAUGGUGUGUCAAUCGGCUGGACAAACAAGAUUUCGGGCUUUGAAACAUUUAAAUGGAACCGCUGGGAGCGCCACCAUAAUCGUUAAAGUUAUAGCAUGCUUUCAACCUCUUCAAGAUUGUCAGGCCGAAUACUUCCGUCAUUUGCUUAAACCUAUGGAAAAGGGUUUAAAUUCCUGGUCCCGAGACCAGAAUAUCGAUUGGCAACCGUUGAAUCCGAAUGUAUCGAGCGCCCAAUUCGGUUUAGGGCCUCGAGUUACGUUCCCGUCUUUUGGGAAUUCGAUUUCCCCACCCGUUUACCAUGAACCCUGCGGUUGGUUCUACGGCUUGCCAAGAUACCGUCAGGGUAUUGUCCCGACGGUCAACUCUAUAGCGAAAGAAGUCAAAGAGAAGCUUCCGGAAGCAAGCCCUGUUGUGGCUCGAGAAACGAACGGGUUACAAAAGAAGUUUCUUGUGUUUGAUCAAUCGGGUGAUCAAACAACUAUGAUGUAUGGUUUGGGUGUCGGGCCCUCCUCGACCCGUUACCAAUUUCCUUCCUUGAAUAAACCAAAACCGCAAUUUGGAUCACACAUAGUUUGUGUUGAUAAACUAGUUGAAGAAAAUGACGGAAAUGAUUCACAAAGCGAGAUGCGAGAGGAUACCGAAGAGCUUAAUGCGUUACUGUACUCCGACGAUGAUUAUGACGAUGAAGACGAAGCUAAUGACGAUGAAACGAGUACGGGCCAUUCCCCUUGUUCCAUGACGGGUGGACAAAAACGGGAACUUGAAAGCGUCGAAGAAGAGGAAGUUGCGAGUUCUGGUGGACCCGUGAAAAGACGUAAGAAACAAGACGUGGGUAGUUUUGUAAAUACGCUCGAGGACACUGCGAGUUCAGGGGAAUCUGGAAUCAACUGUUCUGGUAAUGGAGUGUUUGAGGAAGAGUAUGAUGAUAUAUCAUGUAGUAAUAAGAAAUUACGAAUAGCGAAAAUGAAGGAGACGAUAAAUGUGCUUCAAAAUCUGAUUCCCGGUGAUAAAAAUGGCAAAAAUGUAAUUAUGGUAAUCGAUGAAGCUAUUCAUUACUUGACAAGUUUGAAGGUGAAAGCAAAAGCUUUAGGGCUUGAUUCUUUAAGAUGUUAAAGAUGCUUGUACUUCAUUUUCGUUAUACCGUGCUACGAUAGUGUCAGGGGCGGAUCUACCCUUUAAGCUUCGUUACCCCUUGAUGCUGCGGCGGUAGUGUAAAUUUUGAAAAAAAUUGGCGUUUUUACGAUUUCGUUACCCCCUUUUUUUGAAA